AUGCUCCUUGCGAAGCGACUUGGUUGCGACUUCGCACUAGUAGCAGACGGUGUGUCGUUUGAUGUCCAUUCGGGUUUCCUCGCUACUGGCUCGGAGGUGUUAGAGGAGUAUGCUUUUCCUGUCGAUGGUACACAGAAUCCCCCUAACAGGAAGUAUGAGUUCGACGCACGAGUACACAGUCCCAUGAUGGUCGACCGCCUCCUGGAAUUUAUGUACACCGGAAUCUAUCAACUCGACAAGGGCGGACGAGCGACGCUGUUACAUCAUCUGACUAGUUUACCCAUGGGUAAGACCAAGGCCAGCUAUCCCAUGGAAUUGGAGGGUCCACUAGCCUUCCACCUGAAGAUGUACGGAAUGGGUACGACCUUACGGUAUCAACCCUUGGUAGCCGUCGCGCAUCUAAAGAUGGCAGAGCACAUGCUCUUGAAGAUGAAGAUUAAUGUGGGAUUGGCUAAGAAUCUCGUGAUCAGGACAUAUGAUUUAGCCCAGAGGGUACAAGAUACAGCUGAGCAGCCCAACGACACUUUCGGGGAUGACAAUCUGGAGGAGCUAGUCGUAGCGUGUAUCCUGCACCACGUCCAUCAGAGGAUCUGGGCAGAGGAGGAAUUGGAAGGGCUCAAACACCCAUGCUCGGGCAUGCCCUGCUUUGGAAGUGGACUGGGAGCUUGCCGAAGAGGAGUACAAAGACUUACUGAAGACACGACUCGAGACUAAGAGAGCGGCGAAGAGGGCGAGACGAGGACAACAACAUCAGCAGGAGGUUGCGAAGAUGAUUCAGCUCUCAGAAGGGCCUCGCCAUCUGUAGACAUGAUUGAUACAUCGGAAGCUACGAUCUGCCGCAUCUUGUCUUACAGUUCCGAUACUUCCGAUUGAAGGAGCCACGAGAUGAGCAUGCGUAGAUAGUAGUGGCGGCAGUCAAAAGACACGAUGCAGGGCUAUUGGCAGGGCAUCAGAGCGUGUAUUCGAUCUGUGCCGUAGUAUAGCUGUAAAAGAGUUCCUCAAUAGCGAUGUUGCUGAUGUGAGGC